ACAGUAGCAGAUAGUAAGUCGUACGAAUGUGUAGCUACCAAUGAGGCCGGCUCAGUAAGCACAACUUUCAAAACGUUCAUACGACAGAAACCACAAGUUGUAGGUGUUGCUACUAAGAAGGUUAACCUCGGAACGGCCAUUGAUAUAGAAUGCAGGGUUGUCAAGGGUAGGCCGAAACCGAACAUCAGAUGGUUCGUGGAUAACUCUGGAAAACAAUUCGUGCCAGUCGACGGAUCGCUAGAUGUGAUGCACAUUGCGAGGGCAGAAAACACACACACAGGUCGCUACAAGUGUGUGGUACAGAACGAAGCUGGAACGGUCGAACACGUCACUAGUCUUACUGUGGAAUCAAGACCAGAUAUCGUGACAAAGUCUAAAUCAGUGGAAGCCAUAGAAGGUGAUGUGGCAAUAAAGAUACCUUGCAAUGUCGUAGGCGUUCCACGACCCACGAUCACAUGGAAACUAAAAGGAGCUAUCAUCACACCCAAUACAAAAUACUCUUUUGACAAUGGAUCGUUGGUUAUCCUGAACCCGAAUAAAAUUGAUAUUGGAAAAUACACAUGUGAAGCUAAAAACUAUCUUGGGUCAGCCAGUAGCACGACCGACCUAACACUUGAAAAAAGACCCAGCACCUUCGGAACAACACACUUCGUGUACUUAUUAUAUGGUGAAAAUAGGAAUAUCGAAUGUGAUGCGUAUCGUUCUAAAUCUCAAUCAAUUAAAUGGUUCGAUAAUGAGGGAGAGUUGAAACAGAAAUCCAUUCAAAUAACUAAAGCAACAGUUUCAAAUGACGGUAACUACACAUGUCAUGUAAGUGACAAGCACGGACACACGGAAACACACACGUAUGUUGUUGAUGUUGGCGGCCCACCCAAACUAUUGGGAGAUAAUCCUCUUAAUGAUUGGCGUGGCGGAGUACAAGAAAUCCGAUCGAACUGCGACAGCGACGAAAAACCACCAGCUAAAGUCCAAUGGAAAUACAAUGGUAAAGUGAUACCCGAUAGUGAUGUGCAAGAUAUAGGUGUCAUCUACAAAUGGGGUCAUUACAGUUGCAACGUCUCUAAUCCACACGGCUCAGUAUUGAAAGAUUUUGACGUAAAAUCUUCUGUGUGCUUGAUACCCAAAAACUUGAAAGAUGCCGAGUAUAUGCCGCUCGUACUUGACGAUAAAGGUGAUUGGCCUACAUGGGAGACAUCAAAAUACUUUUCAGUAGUAGAACAAGAAGAAAAAAUUACACUGUCAUGUCCAAACCGCAAAGAUGCUUCAAAUUCCUUCAAAAAGUUCCCAUCGAAGACCGUAUUAAAAGCGUAUUGUGACAAAGAAGACGUAUUCAUAGUUGACGGGAAAAGGUAUAAACUUUCUGAUCUGCAAUGCACACAAGGAAUUCAACCCACCGUUGCCAAAAAGAACGUUAAAUGCUUGACAGGCAAUUCGGAAUUAAUAAAAGUAGGAUACAAUACUGGCGGCUUCUUGGAAUCUUAUGAAGUCUGUUUUGAUAAAACAGUGCGUAUGCCUCGAUACAUUCGCAACAUCGUAACCGCAAAGAAUGAUAAGCUCAGUUCCACUUAUGCCUGGCACACCUACCCGGGUAUUGAGAACAGUCACAAUGAGAAGGCAUUUACUUGUAAAAACAAGCUGUCAUCUUGCUGUUACGCAAAAUCUCAGCUGGUGGAGGCAGAAGACUUCAAAUAUGCUGCUGAGAUGAAUACCACCUUUAUCGAUCCUUUGAAUGUGGUUCCAGCCUGGCGCCCUUGUAGUGCUUCUCAGACGUCGUGGGAAUCUGUUAAUAAAAUGGUAAGAGAGCAGAUGUUUUACGACGAAUUUGUCGUCUGGUCUGGAACUGACACCUGGCAAAAGAAGGAUGGAGCUGUUAUACCCCGAUAUUUAUGGAAGGUAAUUCGUUUUGAUGACGAUGAAGUUUUUGCUAUCAUCCACGUCAACGAUCGUACACCAACAGACUCAGAUAUUAAAUGCAGAAACGUCUGUAACAGUGAGGAUGAACCAUGGUUCAAAGUUAGUGAUAAGUACACGUACUGCUGUUCACUGUCAGAUUUCUUAAAGGCAUUUGAAUACCACGACGCUAGCAUUGGAGGACCACUUAGCGAUGGAGAAUGAAAUACUUCAUUCGCUGUGAAGCUCCACCAACAGUCACUAUUGGUGGAUUCCCCGAUGUAAUAUAAUCACGGUCUACACAUCAAAAUAAAUAUUGAUAAGUUAAGGUAAUAGAGCGUUUUGUUAUCCUGUUCAUACAUCACCCGACAGACACGGUGACAGAACAUCUCAUAAAAAAAGUUAUAAUGGAAUUAUGUACCCAUUAGUAUGUCAAAACGCUUGAUUCUUCAAAAUAAUUAUGGAUUGGCACUUCACUACACUGCACACUUUUAGUAAUUAAAUGGCAAAUAAACCGA